UCUUUUCGUGCGUGUUACUCUUUGGUUGUUUAUAUGUCACCUGUUCCGACACUUUUCCAAACGCUUAAAGAAUAAAAUACAACAUUUAAAACCAAACGGUCCCGGUUCCAUUAUUUGACGUUUGUAAUACAGUGCGUAAAUUCAAUCAGACAAACGCGGACGUUGAGUCGUUUUCCCGCUUUCAGCGCCCUUUCUGGGCUAAUGUGAGGUUAGCUUAGCCAGGCUAGGCUAGGCCACGCUAAAGCUGUGCAGCCUGUGCGUUGACUCGGGAUAAAGUUCAGGAGCAGCGGAGCAGAGGUCAGUCUGUCAGUCUGUCAGUCAGUCACCUGUCGGACAGGACAAUGGCGAACCCUCUGAGGGCUGAAGUGGUUCGACUUUACAAAAAUCUCCUGUACCUCGGCCGUGAAUACCCCAAAGGCGGCGACUACUUCAGAGACAGACUGAGAGCAGCGUUCAUCAAAAACAAGUCGGUCCAGGAGCCAGAGCGGGUCAAGGAGCUGAUCGCUCGAGGGGAGUUCGUGGCCCGAGAGCUGGAGGCGCUCUACUACCUGAGGAAAUACAGAGCCAUGAAGAAACGCUACUAUGAGGAAUAA